UCCUCUUUCUCCCUCGAUGCUCCCGCCCAUCUCCAUCUGCCUCCUCAUCGUCGUCACUCUGCACACUGCCUAUCUCAUUGCUCAAGAUCCCCUCCCUCCGCCCAACAGCUCUGCGCCCUCGUCGCAGGUCAAGGGCCUCUACUACGACCGCAGGCUCGACAGCAUGGCCAACAACAUCAAUGCGCCCAGCGCGGCCGAGGGCGGGUUCCGGAGCCAGCUGAACGGCUUCAGAUGGGCACAGGGCCGCACCGACGACAGUGCGGCCGCACCGGCGGGACAGGGCAGCUGGCUCAGCGGCGUAGGCAGCAGCUUGUCGGGCUACGUGCCGCUGCGGAGCGAUCAGCGCACCAACGAGGAGGAGGCAUACAUCUCGCUUUCUCGCUGGGAACGACUGCUUGGUUUCCUGGCGUGCCUGGCAGGGUCAGCGACGUGCUUCCUCCUCGCGUUCCUGUACCUCAUCAACCCGAUUACGUUUGUCACGCGGCCGGACAAGUUCCCACUGGCGUUCAGUCUGGGAAGCGUGCUGUUUAUGAUCGGCUUCUCGGUCCUGACCGGUCCGUUGGCGCAUUUCAAGCACCUCACGUCCAAGGAGCGGUUGCCUUUCACCUUCUCCUACUUCACCUCGCUCGGUCUGACCAUCUACUUCGCUCUCGGUCCGCGCUGGAAGUUGGCCACGCUGCUCGCUGCUGCUGUACAGCUCUGUGCACUUGCUGCGUAUCUCGCACAAUACAUGCCAGGCGGCAUCACGACGCUGCGCUAUGGUGGCAGCAUGCUGUUGCGCGGCGGCGCCAGUCUGCUGCCGUUCUGAGGGGAAGAGCAGUGAUCUAUAGGGCUUGCAUACGUCACUCGCUGGGAUGUCUUCUCUCUCUCGCUCUUCUCCUUUGCUCGCUUCGAGACAAGCCUAAAGCACGCGCCAUUACUAUGCGCUCUCUCGGUCGAUGUGAUGCUUGGCGACGGCGUGAGAGUCAUGCACGCGGGAUGCGGUCUGGGCUCGGCGCGUGCGCGUCCACAUGACGAGCUCGCUCUGCGCUCCGCCUGCGACAUCCAGGCUGCAGUGUGCCUCGCGCAAGGGCCAGACCAGCAGGUUCGUCUCACCGUCACACCGAGGCGAGCGCUCGCACGCAUGCCUCCGCUUGUUCAGAGGCGGCUUCGCCUUCAUACAACGGUCCUCUCAAGGUCCUCUCAAGUCGU